UAAAUCCCUUAUAGCGUGUUAAAAUCGUACCGAUAAAAAAAAUGUCUUCGUCUCACUCGUGACUCGUCUCUGUCCCCUCUCUGACAAUUUCCGAGUCCUUCUCUUUUCCGAUGGCUUCUACAAAGGUCAACAAUCGAGGUUCCCCUGGAUCAAAAAGGUUUCGAAACGACGGUACAUAUAUGAUCUUUAUGGUGCCUAAUACUGCAACUUCGCGUAAAGAUGGAGAUUGGACCUGUCCUAAUUGUGGGAACUUAAACUUUUCUUUUAGAACUGUUUGCAACCAGGGACACUGUGGUGCCCCAAGACCAUCCCUAACUCUAACUCCACCAGCCCCCAUUAUAAGCCCAUAUAGAAACAGUCAUCCCUUCUACCAUGGUGGUUUUGGCAUUCCUCCUCCAUCAUAUGGAAUACCAAGUCAGUUUGGAUCCCCAAUACCUCAUCCUGGCCUACAGUAUGAUUAUGGUUUGUAUGCUAGGGCUCGUGCACCAUACAGUCCAUUGCCCAUGUUCCCACCUGCAAGCUUUGGAGGUAUUAAUUAUGGCCCAAGGCCCAGAAUUGAUGGCUAUGGAUAUGGCUUUCAAAGUCCUCCUCCUCCAUGGGCUGAAGGAUUAGUAGCUGAUAAUUUUGCAUCUCGAAAACGCAGAGGAGAUUUUGCAGUUAUCAAUCAUCUGACACACUCAGGCAACAGACAAAAUCAAAGUGGCCUGAUGGUUUGUCUGAAGGGGACUGGAUUUGUCCAAGGUGUGACAAUGUUAAUUUUGCCUUUAGAACCACUUGCAACAUCAAACAUUGUGGAGCCGUCAAACCUAGCUCAAACAAACCAAAUACAGCAGUUAUCCCUGAAGGUAGUUGGACUUGUGAAAAAUGCGGUAACCUCAACUAUCCCUUUCGAAAUGUAUGCAACCGCAAAGACUGUAGAAAUGAGAAAACAGUUUCUGCCUAGUGACAUCUCUAUAUUGUAAAUAGAGGCUUCAUUGCAUUUGUCUCCUUUUGUAAAGGAAAGUUACUCUUAAAUGAUAAUUUUUCUAUAAUGAUAGCCGGGACUUUUAAGGGAAAGGUUUUCCUACAUA